AUGGACGAGAUUGACUAUCAGGCUGAGGACAAGCUCGUUCGGAGGAUCGACAAAUUCGUUGUGCCGACUGUCAUGCUCGCCUAUCUUCUUUGUUUCCUGGACCGCACGAAUAUCGGCAACGCCAGGCUCUUUGGACUGGAAGAGGACCUUGGCCUCAAAGGAUCUGAAUACCAGAUCGCGGUCGCCGUACUUUUUGUCCCCUAUGUCUUGAUUGAGGUUCCUAGCAAUCUGGUCCUCAAGAAGUUCAGGCCAUCAAGAUGGCUUUCUUUUAUCACAGUCAGUUGGGGCAUUGUCUCCACAUGUACCGGCUUUGUCCAGGACUUUGCUGGUCUCGUUGCUGCCCGAGUCCUCCUCGGACUGCUCGAAGGUGGCCUCCUACCCGGAUUGACGGUCUACCUCACUCUCUUCUAUACGAAGAAAGAGAUUGCCCUCCGCAUUGGCUUUCUUGCUUGGUUUCUGAGCGAAGAUGAAAAGCAGUUAUUGCUCGCGCGAUUGCAGCGCCAGGUCGGCUUCCACGAAGACUUUGACAAGAAGGACGCCAUAUUGGCGGCAAAAGACUGGAAGACAUGGAUCAACAAGCGGCGCAAGGCUGGUAAGGAGGACUACAAGAUUGAAGGUAUGACGGACGAGGAUGUGAAUGCACUUGGGGAUAGGAGCCCGAGAUUCGUGUACACUAUUUGA